CCAAAAUCCCAAGCUUGGCCAAAACUACAAAACCCCUUCUCUUUCUGUCCCCAUUAGGGUUCUUUUAGGGUUUCUCCAAUUAAUUGUUUUUUUUUCCCCUUUUCAAACUUUACCCAACCGAGCAAAUGACUUCCCUCUUUACAUUGCCUUGAUUUUUCCGACUUCCUUCCUUAAAACCCAUGCAACAUCAAACCCCAUAAACCAAGAAUUCCCCCUAAAAAAAAAAGUUAAAAAAAGGAGAGAGCUUUGAGAUAUUGUUAUGAAUAUGGAGGCAAGAGUUGGGGUGGUGGUUGAAGGAGGCCAAAGGGCUUUGAAUUCAGCCCACGGAACUGUCGUAGAUGCUGGGGCUAGAAAGUUUUUACAGCAUCAGCAUCAGCAACAGCAACAUGGGCAUUCUUCAAAGCAGGGCUUGAAUCCGCAGAUUGGGACUAUUCAACAGCUUCUUGCUGGUGGUAUUGCCGGUGCCUUUAGCAAGACUUGUACGGCUCCUCUUGCUCGUCUCACCAUCUUAUUUCAGGUGCAAGGAAUGCACUCAGAUGUAUCAGCAUUGAGCAAGGCUAGCAUAUGGCGUGAGGCUUCACGCAUUAUGAAUGAAGAAGGGGUCAGAGCAUUUUGGAAAGGCAAUAUGGUUACCAUUGCUCAUCGUCUUCCCUAUUCCUCUGUCAACUUCUAUGCCUAUGAACGCUACAAGAGUUUCUUGCAAUCUAUUCUCGGCCUUGAAGAUCAAAGGGGAAAUGCCAGUGCUGACCUCUGUGUUCACUUUGUAGGCGGUGGGUUGGCUGGAAUGACUGCUGCCUCAGCUACAUAUCCACUGGAUCUUGUAAGGACACGUCUUGCAGCACAGAGAAAUGCAAUAUACUACAGAGGUAUUUGGCAUGCUUUUCAUACCAUUUGCAGGGAUGAGGGAAUAUUUGGCUUGUAUAAAGGACUUGGAGCAACAUUAUUGGGUGUUGGACCAAGUAUAGCAAUAAGCUUUUCAGUAUAUGAGUCUUUGAGAUCUUAUUGGCAGUUGCAAAGGCCUGAUGAUUCCACUAUCAUGGUUAGUCUUGCCUGUGGCAGUCUCUCAGGCAUUGCAUCAUCAACAGCAACAUUUCCUAUCGAUCUUGUGAGGAGACGUAUGCAAUUGGAAGGGGUUGCAGGGCGAGCCCGUGUUUAUACAACUGGGUUGUUUGGGACUUUCAGGCAUAUAAUCCAGUCUGAAGGCCUUCGUGGCUUGUAUAGAGGGAUUUUGCCCGAGUACUACAAGGUGGUUCCUGGUGUAGGCAUUGUCUUCAUGACGUAUGAGACAUUGAAGAUGCUUCUAUCACGCAUCCCUACCAGUUAUUAGCUUCAUCCUGGACUCCACUUUUCUGCCGUACAUUGUGUCUGUGAACUCUUGUUAGUCAUUGAGUUCUCAAGACAACAAGGAAACCAAAACAAUUGGGUAAAAAAUGCAGUCAGUUAAAAAUAGAAAGUAGGUAAACAAAUUGUUCUUUCUAUGGUAUUAGUUGAGAAACCAUGGUGGUAAAUUUUGCGGUUGCUGCCAUGGGUAUUUUUUUCAUGUAUAGGUAAUUAGCACUGUGAGAGUGAUGAUAAGUGUAUCAACUAUCUAGUUUCAGUAUACUUAGGCCUUUAACAUUCAGAGAAUUAGCAAUCAUUGAUGAUCAUGUCAUGAUCACAGUUUUGUAUGCGACUUGUUUCUUACCUGCCUCUGCAGGUCAAGCUGACUGCCAGUGUUCAAUUCCUUUGUAUUUGAAGUGAUAUUAUAUUACAAAUUGGUUAUUGACGAAAAACCAAUGUGCAUUUAUGCUA